UGUUUGGGUCAUUUUGUGUUUUGUUAAUUAUGCAAGAAAAAGUUUAAUGCUUAAUUUGAAAAUAUAUAAAUAUUGGAAACAGAUAAAUGUAAAGUUUUAAUAUGCACCGCAUUUGGUCAGCAAUGUGGACAAGUGCCCAAAGUGUACAAUUAUUGCUAACUAAAAGUGCACAAAGCUUCGAAUUUUCCCGAAAAUAUUUUUCUUUUAAGAAACCGAUUUCAGAGAAUUAUCAAAAAGCUAAUAAUUUGCACGCCCGACUAAAUGCCUCUUUUAACCCUAUAAUCCGUUAUCAGUCGACAACUAUAAAUGAAGCACUCAAAAAAAAGAAGAAACGUGCUGUAAAGCCGCGAUAUUCUAAAUAUGUAGAGCUGCUUGAAGUCACUGAUAUAUCAGCCAAUGAACGAAAAUCACGUGUCAAGAGAUUGAAAGCGAAAAAAUUACAGGAAUUUAUUGCGAAAACGCAAGCCCAAAUUAUUGAGAAACGUGCAAGAGAAGAAAAACAACUAAGAAAUAAGAUACCACAAAGUGUAACUCCAACUGUUAACGCCAGAUUGAAAUCAGAUGAACUAAUAUUAAAAGAAUUUGACGUAAAUGAAAUAGACCGUUCAAUUUUGGAAUCAGGAAUCUAUGACGACAAACCAUUAAUAUUCUUUGGAAAAGAAGAACACACUAAACAUAUAAUAACUAAUCCUGAUGACAUUAAUAACAUAAUCAAAAGUUUCAAUAACUAUCGGGAGAUAUUAGAAAGUGUGGGAAAUGAAUGUCCAGAUGCUUGCGAAACCCAAAUUGAUACAUUUAGUUGCUCAGUACCAAAAGUCCACGACGCGGAAGAGUUAUUGGAUACUUUAGAAUCGGAUGAGCCUUAUAUUUCUUCGGAAAGUAUCGAAAAAAAUACCUUAAAAGUUCAAAAUAAUCAAAAAACAGAAAAUGCUGCCGUUGCGAAAGCUAAACCAAGCAGAUUCAAAUCCAAAAUACAUAAUAGUGAGGAACAAGAACGCUUGUCAAAAGAAAAAGCACUUCGUGUUAAUUUGGAAUCAUAUGUUAAGGUCUGUGUGUCUGCAGGAAUGGUUCAUCGUGGAAUCUCCACCUUAUUGGCGUAUAGGCAGAGAGCAAAGAAAAAAUCCGAAAAUCAAACACUGAUAACAAUUGAUUUUUACAAUAUUCUGCUACAUGGCCUAGCAGAAAAAGGUUCCUUUGAACGGUUCAAUGAUAUAUUCAAUUUAAUCGAAGAAGAUAAGUUGUCAUUUAAUGAGCAAACAUUUGCUGCUAUAUUCGAAUGUCUGGGACGAGUGGAAACAAGUGAAGAAAAUAUCCAGCAAAUCAAAAAAUAUAAAGAAAUGGCACAAGAUAUUGGAAUAACAUUAAAUCAAAUAAUGGAUCGUUCAGUGUUUACCGCUGAUCAAAGAGAUAUUGCAUUAGACGCUAUACGACGAAUUGAACCUGAUUUCACUCCGAUAUAUACACCACCCGUAAUAAAUUAUAAUAACAAUCUUCUAAAUGACUUAAACGAAUCCAUAUUGCCAAUGGAUGACAUUUCAUCAAACAAAGUAUCAUCUAAAACAAUCAGAAAUGUAAUGCAACAUAAACGUGCUUAUAGUAAAGCUGAACUGGAGAAAAUGGCACGUGAACAGCUUAAAAUUGAGUUAGAUGGUUCCAUAACAAUCAAGUCAAUUGAAAGUACAAGCGAAUUUUCAAAUGCUGAAUUUUGUCGAGGAAAACUUAAAGAGCUGGAAGAACAAUGGCGUACUCAAAUAAAUAAUGCGCUAAUCCGGGACUUAAAUACUCUACGAGCUCAAAUUCGUUACAAACCAAAUGGCUUUAUGAACUACUACACUUAUCUAAAGGUGUUGGAUCCAUCUAUUUAUACGGAUAUUUUAUUAAAAGAAAUUUAUAAGUUGGCCGAAGGGUCAGAAACUUUUAGCCCAACAGUGGGACAACUUUAUAAAGAACUAGGCCAGAAGGUACAACAGAGAUAUCAAGUUGAGAUGAAAAAGAAAAAUGGCACGUUAGAUAAAAUUGGAGAAAUAUAUAAUGGUUACUGUGAUUUCUGGGAUGAAGUGAAUACCAGUGAUAAUCCUCGGCAAAUAUGGCAAAGAUUAGUGCACGAACAUCGAACUAGUGGUCCAAGCAUGGACAUAAAAUAUGGGAGUUGGCCCCCGAAUGUUCUUUCUGGAGUCGGCCGUUUUCUCCAUAAUAUUUUGAUGCGUGAUAUAAAAAUAGAUGUGCAUAUUUUGCGUAAAAAAUGUAGUAGUAAACAACAUAAUGUCUUACCCGCAUUUUACACACUUUUCCGCAACCAAGGACGCUUAGUCAAAGAAGAGGUUAAACCUCAUCCAGUGUUGGCAAGAUUAUUGCGAACGUCUCGUCAGCAAACAUUAGUAUUUGAUUCAAGUCUAGUACCCAUGAUUUGUCCUCCACAGCCUUGGAGUACGCCCAACAACGGAGGGUAUUUACUCAAUAAAUCGGAUUUGAUACGUUUGCCACAUCAGGCCGUCCAACAAUGGGAACGUAUAAAUUCAACUAGCCCGCAGCAGUUAUAUCCAGCUCUAGAUUCUUUAAAUCAGCUGUCGAGUGUGGCUUGGCGUGUAAAUACUGAUAUUCUAGACGUUAUCAUAAAUGUAUUCCAAAACGGUGGCGAUGACAAACUAGAUGUACCUAAACCGCCGAGUUCAUUACCACCUCUACCCUCGAUUCAUGAGGAAACACCCGCCUUAACAAGUGCUGAGCGCUCGAAACGCUUUAAGGACAAAUUAGCGCAUCGUCGAAAACAGGCAGAGAUGUACAGUUUAUGGUGUGAUACUUUAUAUCGCCUUUCGCUGGCAAAUCAUUAUCGUGAUCGAGUAUUUUGGUUACCACAUAAUAUGGACUUUCGUGGUCGUGUUUACCCAAUACCACCACAUCUAAACCAUUUGGGGUCAGAUUUGGCGCGUUCUAUGCUUGUCUUUGAUCAAAUGAAACCGCUCGGACCAGACGGCUUUAGUUGGCUCAAACUUCAUUGCAUUAACUUGACAGGCUUGAAAAAACGCGACUCGGUGCGAGAGCGAUUAUUGUAUGCCGAAGAAAUUAUGGGUGAAAUUCUUGAUUCGGCUGAUAACCCAUUGACGGGCAAUAUGUGGUGGACACAAUCUGAUGAGCCGUGGCAAACGUUAGCAUGUUGCAUGGAAAUAGCCAAAGUAUAUAGGUCAAAUAAUCCUGAAGGUUUCCUUAGUCGAUUUCCCAUUCACCAAGAUGGAUCUUGCAAUGGCCUCCAACAUUAUGCUGCUCUUGGACGUGACGAAGUUGGAGCUAAAAGUGUUAAUUUAUCUCCGUCACCUUUGCCACAAGAUGUAUACAGCGCUGUUGCUGCACUAGUAGAGAAAGCUAGAAAAUCAGAUGCAUCUAAUGGCAUUCAAGUAGCUCAGGCAUUGGAAAGUUUCGUACGUCGAAAGGUUAUUAAACAAACUGUGAUGACUACUGUCUAUGGAGUCACUCGUUAUGGUGCACGCUUGCAAAUAGCAAGACAGUUAAAAGAUAUUGAAAGUUUUCCCAAAGAAUGGGUAUGGCCUGCUUCUACCUAUUUGACGGCGAAGACAUUUGAAAGUUUGCGAGAAAUGUUUACGUCAACACGAGAAAUACAAGAUUGGUUCACCGAAUGUGCUCGAUUAAUAUCGGGCGUUUGUGGACAAAAUGUAGAGUGGGUAACACCACUUGGCCUCCCAGUUGUACAGCCUUAUACGCGACAGGAAGCCAAACAUACGAUGCGCACAAGCACACGUGUAUCUGAAACUAUGGCUAUGGAUAUGUAUGAGAAACCGAAUGUUAUGAAACAGAAAAACGCAUUUCCACCAAACUUUAUACACUCGCUAGACUCGUCACAUAUGAUGCUUACGUCAUUAUAUUGCGAGCACAAGGGCCUUACGUUUAUUUCUGUGCACGACUGUUAUUGGACUCAUGCGUGCACCGUACCCGAUAUGAAUAAGAUUUGUAGAGAACAGUUUGUUUCUUUGCACUCGCAACCUAUACUGGAAAAUUUGUCAGCAUUUAUGAAAUCUAAAUACAGUUUUAGGGAAUCGGACAUGCUCAAUGAUGGUUCCGCUGAUGAUCUUUCAAAACGCAGACUGAAUCGAACCUUAGCAGAGAUGCCGAAGAAGGGUGAUUUUGAUCUGCGAAAUGUUUUGGAAUCUGUAUAUUUUUUCAGUUAGUCUCACCUAUAUUAUGUAGUAUUUAAAUAUGGCCUAAUUCGAGAAAUCUGAUUGUUAUUUAUAUUAAUAUUUUUAAUAUAUAGUGAAAAGCGUGAAAGAU